CCUCCUCUUUCUCUUCGUUAGAUACCCCCGAGCUGCUCUUCUUCGUCUCUUCCUUUUUCUUCCUUUUCGAUACCCUCGAUACCCCCCGAUAUGCAGAAGCUCGCGAAUAUGCGUCAUUGGCCUGAGCGGAUGAGCCCAAACUUUGGGGCCUCCUCCAGGACUCCAAACAUGAACAUGCCGGCCAUAAACCCUCACCAGAAGACCGCCGCUCCGGGGGCCCCCCUCGGCGGGCCAUCGCCGGCCGCCGACACGACCAUCCACUACGCCUUCAACGUCCCCUUCGCCUCCGACCUUGCCGGCCCCAACACGGAGGAGAUCCUCCACGCCACCGGCGACUCGGUCAUGAAAUGGACCCAUCCUGGCGAUGCUCCCGACGACGUCGCCGUCUUCGAGCUGCCUGUCCAUACCCAGAACCUCAAGACGCUGCAGGACCUCUGUACGACGCUCGCCCACGGCCUCCUCGCCGUCGAGGCCCAUGUUGUCACCACAGAACGCGAGGCCGCUGGUGUGCGGAGUCAGGUUGUCACAGUCUGUCUCUCGGGCUCGCCAGAGCUUGUCCACAAGAGCCGCGAGACCAUUCUCUCAAGCACCCCAUUUGCCCUGCGUUGUACCACAGUCGAUGUUGAUUAUGGCCUCAUCGUUGACGGCAAGGCUGGACCCAGCCUCGUGAAACAUGUGACGGACGCUCUCGACACAUUCGCGGCGUAUUGUGGCGUCGACAUCUUCAUUCUUGGGCCCAAGCUUACUCCGACGGUCGAUGGCCUGAAUGGCGAUGUCGAGGUCAUCCGGGACCAGAGAUGGCGAGUCGCCAUCUAUGGCGACAAUGAGUCGACAGAUCAUGCCAAGACCCAAGUGCUCAUCUUCAUUGAUAAACUCCUUGGCCGUACUUAUGACGUGAUGAGGAUUGACAGCACUUUGCAUCCUAUAGUGUGUGGGCGCUCUCGCAAGCAUAUCAAGGUCAUCGAAUCUGCCACCAAUACCGCUAUUUACUUCCCGCCCUUUGCUGCCAUGUCUCAGUACUGCCCCCCCGAAGCUCACCGACGACCGCCGGAUGAGAUCUACAUCACCGGAGAGAACCCGCAGGGCAUCGAGUUGGCGAAGCGCAAGAUCCAUGACCUUGUCAACCGCACCAAGCUUUUUAUGAAAGACGCCCUGGUUUCUCCUGCCAAGAUUGACAGCAUCAUCCUUGGUCGCAUGGACAAGGUCCGCAAGAUCAUGGACAGCAACGGCACCUACGUCAUGUUCCCACCUCUUGCAUCACAACGCAACAUGAUUCGCGUGCAAGGCAUUGAGGGCUUGCAGAUCGAGAGGACAAUGAAGGAGAUCAUGACUCUGGCUGGGCAAUUUUAUUAUGCUUCCUGGUGGUUUCAACCUGGGGGAAAUGUCCAACCCCCGACUACUCAGGAAAUCCGAACAAUGUUUGGUGACAUGUGCGCACAGUCUGGUGCAGACAUCUCCUUCGACAAGAUGACCUUUACCAUGACUGGCUCGGACGAUUCCGUGCAGCACGCUCUCCACGUGUUGUCGAGCACCAAGUUCGCCAGCAGCCCUUCGCAGCAUAUCAGGGUCAAGAUCGAACUGGCCAACGAGCACAAGGAGUUUGUGUCCGGCAAGAAGAACGGCAAGAUUAACAAGAUCAUGACUCAGAGUAAUGUUCAGAUCAUCUUUGACAGCUUCCGCGAGUACAAUUUCGACAUCGAUGUUAUUGCGCAGAUGUAUGGACCGAUGAAGCGCGGUCUGGAACUUGUUGAGCAGGAGAUGCCGGCAUCUAUCUCAUUCCAUGUCCCAGACCAGUAUCACAAGCGAAUUAUCGGUAUCGGCGGUCAGCAUAUUCAACGCAUCAUGAAGAAGCAUUCAGUCUUCGUCAAGUUCUCCAACGCAAUGGAUCGUGGAAUGGGACGCGAGGACGACGAUGUCAAGGUCGACAAUGUAAUCUGCCGUACGCCAGCUCGCAAUGCCCAGAAUCUUGAGCUUGUGAAAUCCGAGAUUCUUGACAUGGUUGAUCGUGCUCACUCUGAGUUCACCUCGCAGGUGGUCCAGGUGGACCGUCUGUACCACCGUCAGUUGGUAGCGCGCUUGCCAGAAAUUGAAGAGCUCGAGAAGAAAUGGAACUGCAAAAUUGUCUUCCCGAGCACGGAACAAGCCAGCGACGAGGUCACAAUCACCGGUCCCGAGUGGCAAGUACCCUUAUGCGCGGAUGAGUUUCUCGGCAUGGUUCCCGAGAGGCACGAGUUGGUUUUGACCAGAACGCCUUCCUUGGUCAAGUACGUCGAGUCUGCGGCCUUCGUCAAUGGGCUUGUGACGAAACUCAAGACACAACACGAAGUCGCCUUGGAAGUUCACGAGAGCGCCGAGGAGAAGACCAGCGAUGGGGGACGUACUGUAACUCUUCUCUGGAAGCUCACCCGGAACAACGCCGGAGGACUUCGCGAUGCCAUCGAGUUCCUUCUGCAAGAGUUUGCAGCCGCCGGAGUCGAGUGCCAAGUCGUCAAGGGCGAGCUCCCUCGCCCAAAGUCGGAUUCCUUCGAGGACACUCUUCAAUAUUUCAACUCGAAGCUUCUGCAGCAUGCGCCAGCUCCUGUCGGUACUGACUCCCCUACGCGCCCAGCCUUCGGGGACGAAGUUGCUCCCCAGCGGCCGGCGACUCUUUUCGAGAAGCUUCGCAAGCCGACGCAACUGCUUUCGUCUCUGGAUCGCCGCAAGAACAGUUCGCACUCUGUCAACACUCUUUUCAAGGGAUCUAGCAACGUGUCCAAGUCGUCUCUGAUAUCGAUAGAGUCAACUCGAAGCUUCAAUGCGGAUCGCAACCCAUGGAACGAUAGUGGAGUCAACCUCCCCGACGAAGACAGCGGCAGUCCUUGGCCGAGCCGCCUGUUCAGCGUUGGCUUUGACAACAAGCUGACAGCCAGCAACAUUCCCCAUGGCGGUGAUGUCACUCCCCGACACAAUACCCGUGCCUCUGGCGACAGUGGGCGGCCCUCCACGUCUCACUCGACCAACUCUGGCUUCCCAGGGCCAGUCGGCUCAUUCCGAUAGACGUGUCUCUCUGGACAAGCUCAAGCGCAUCAUGACUGCCGGGAUGAUUCCUUGAAGCAGAAGCUGAUCGAGCCCACCAUCCUCCGUUCAUGCUCUUUUUUGCCUAUCUUGCAUUCUU